AUGUCCGACAGCACUGCCCAACCGCUCGACGCUAGCAUGGAGGUCAACGAUGAGCUAGACCCAACGGUCGAGGAGGAGAUCAACCACGACGCGGUUCAAGCAGACGCGAUGAACCUUGACGGCGCUGCAGACGCAGAGCCUGCGGUGAACGGGAUAACGGAUGCCGCGCAGACGUUCGAAGCGCGCAUUCCGGCGAAAAAGGACGCGACACUACGGGAGUUCCUGGGAAAGAUGGAUGACUAUGCGCCUAUCAUUCCCGACGCAGUUACCAACUACUACUGCACACGUGCCGGCCUGCCACCACCGCCUUACACAUCUCCCCACCUCGCCCGUCUCCUUGCGCUCGCAACACAGAAGUUCAUCGCCGACAUUGCUGCCGACGCCUACCAGUACUCCCGCAUCAGGUCGUCCAACACCACAAGCAACAACCCCAUGGGCGGACUCGGUGCAGCAGGUGGUCCACAGGGUGCAGCAGCGCCCGGUGGAGCACAGGGCGGCAAAGACUCUGGAGCAAAAGCAAAGGACUACAACCUUGGCAUACAGCGUCCUGGAUAUGGCGGAGGCGGACAGGGUGGAAGCCAAGGACGCACAGUGCUGACUAUGGAGGACCUUGGCAUGGCUGUCGGCGAGUAUGGCGUCAACAUCAAGCGCGGCGAGUUCUAUCGAUAG